CCUCCGCACCUCCACCUCGUCCCCCACCAUGACAGCCAGCCCAGACGCAGCACUCGCGGCCGUCGAGCGCAGGCUGCAGAGCGUCCCGCACCAACCAAGCGCGGCACAGCUCGCCGCGGAGCACGACAAGCGCCAGAAGAUGCGCAGGAUGAUCGACCCCGGCAUUGUGAGGCCUAACUCGAAGGAGCAGGCGCUUGCCUCAAUGAAGAUCCUCCUCACCAUAGCGGACAACUUGAUAAAGGAGCCCGAAAACCCUAAAUAUCAGCAGUUCAAACCGACGAAUAACACGAUCAAGAGGAACCUGGUCGAUGUUAAGGGUGCAUUGGAGUACGCUGUCGAGAUGGGCUUUCAACCAGACGUCAUCGAAUUUCAGCCCUACUACAAGUUCAACCCCAAGCACCGUCAUGAGCUUGAGAUCGGCGCGGCUUGCCUCCGUGAAUAUGUGAACCGCGAGACUGAGAAAGCAGAUCGCGCCGCGGAGGCCAAGAAGAACGAGAAGGCUGCCAAGGAGGCUGCUGCGCUGAAAGUCAAACUCGCCUACAUGGACGACCGACAGCGCAAGAUGGAGCUCGACGAGCGCGAGCGCGUCGCUCGCGAGGCCCGCGAACGAGCUCGCGCAGCAGCAGAAGCACUCAAGGCAGCCUCUCCCUCAUCUCCCCAAGCCUCGGAGCAGAUGAUCGACGAUGAUGAGGACGAUGAGGAAGAGGGUAUGCGGCGACCGAGGAGGCGGACGAUGCCGGGGACGGGGCAUGUGCUGGGAGCGCCGGCGCAGAUGGAGGAGUGAGCUCAGAUGGAAGGGCUCUGGAUCCGGACCGACAGAUGUGUGGGUACGGAGGAAGGCAUGGCAGGGCUCGUCGUCCUGCGGUCUCGAAGAGGGCGUAUACGAUUGCAAGAAAGGACUACUACUAUCCCUCGGAACUGUAACAACAAUGAACAAACUUUGCCUGUACAUUACAAUGUACUCAUGAUCUCAAUGGGCACGGAAAGGUCGGGCAACUGUUGAUACAUUAGGACCAACGAGUUGUAAGCUCUUGCAACUUCAUGUCAACUUCGCCGCCCCGAGGGACCACCAUCCGACCUCGCCUACGAU